UACCUGCCUGUCCGGCUCUGAUCACACCUGUCACGCAAUUCCCAGCUCCAAGUUCCCGUCUCGAAGAUGGGACAAAAACUCCGGUCACAGGGUUUGUGGUGAACCACUUCACUGGGACGCACAUUAUCCCGCAGAAUUUAGGUGAAGUCCGGAAGCAUUUCCAACAUUCCACGAGGGGGGUUCACCAGCUCCAAUUCUUCUGUCUGUUGAAUCUCAGAGUUGCAGUGUCGACUAUAUUCAAGGCUCAAAAGCAGAAACUUCACUUUUGCAUUUUAAGCGGAGUUUGUUCGUCUUGUUUGACCAUCGAACAAGUUCCGUUCUUUCGAUCGGCAGUAUAUACUCACAUUCUCAUCAGCAACUGGAGACCAACGACGGGGACGGGUUAGUGAUUCUCGUUCAGGUGACCUUCCGCGGGGAUCCAAGAUGAGUUUUGAUGGGCUGCAGAGAGCAGAUGUUUUGUGCUGAAAUAUAGUGGCGCAAGCAGUUCUGUGAAGCUCUAGGAGCUGGAAAGUUAGGGUCUUCACAGUCUGCUCGAAGGAAUGGAGACCACGGUGGGAAGUUUUGCAAUUCCUGGAGCUACAUUGGCUCAAAUUAUGCACGACUUCGGCUCCGUGGAGAGCGAUUGCGAUGGAAUUCUCUUUGGUCGCUUGCAGACUCAGGUCACGUCCAGUAUUCUGGACGAUCAAUCUGGUCCUCCGACUUUGCUUGAAGAGACCACUGCGAGGGUCACGGGGCACUUUUGCACUGGCAGGGUGAUGAGCUUUUACGACUCAAUUGGGCGGCUUAAUCACUCGAAGCUUGCAACAAUUCUGAAGGAUAGACAAAAUCGCGGCGAGGAUCCACCCAUCGGUUGGUACAUCGGCAGGAGAAACACCUCAUUAUGGCCGUCCAUGCGAGAAAUAGCCGUUACUGCAAGCCUUCGAGCGGCUGUCAUCACCAGUAGCGCACCCAAGAAGAAAUCUAGCGGCGAUGGUCACUCACCGAUGGAAGGACGAGGGGAAGAUGGCAGCGGGAGUCCUAUUAGCUCUGAUCCCAAAACUUUACAAUCGGAAGUGUUCGGUGCUCAAGGAGGAGGUUCGCCGAGCGUGAGUAGGCGAGUACAGUCAAUGCAGAGUGCUGAAGGUCAGUCUCCUAGGUCUCCCGGGAGAACAUCCUUUGCCUCUGCUCUGGGAACGGACCCUUCUUCAGGACACAGCGCAAGUUCUCAGCACGAGAGGCGCUCUAACUCUCAAUCACGAUUCAGUAACCAACCAGCACCAGCACCUCCUCCUCCAUGUGUUUUUGUGCUCUUCACUGAGUCCGACUCCGCCAACCAUGCUGUCAGGACUCAUGAGUACCGAGCCUUCCAGUCCCUUCAAAAUUCGGUCGGUAUAGGUUUCGAGCCCCUCCCUGUGAAGAUAGUGAAUGCUGGACUGUCCUUCCGUGGGUACUACGAUUCCUUUGUUCCUGUCGCUCGUUUUCCAUGGUUUCAAGGUGAUUUUGUGACUUCUCCUAGCGAACGGAAUGAAUCCAGCAGCCCUCGCAGUCCUCAUCGGGGGAAAUCUGCAGACCCGAUGAGUCCCCUCCGAGAUGUUGGAAGACAUAGCUUUGCAAAGCCAACACCAUUGGAGAUUAAUGGAAAGCAAGAGAGAGGUAGCAGGAGGACUCAUGAUGACUAUGUGGACUCGAGACACGAUGGUGUGUCUGGAGACCAGGCUCUCGGUCUCAUCCAUGCAAAGGGCAUGCGGGUUUCGGAGUUCGAGAAGAUGUAUCAAAUAAUGCUAACGAAACUAGAGAGACUGGCCACGGAAGUCUGUGAUAGCUCUGCAGCUCUGCAUCAAGCCUCGAGAUGAUGUGAACAUGGCCCUGGCUUUUAGUCUGCAAGGAGUAGCGUAUCUUAUUCGAAGAUCUGGCCACAGCAAGCAACCUGAUCUCUACUUAUCCCGGUGAGAUCUCUCAGGGCAAAGGGCUAUGUAAGGAGAACUGUGAGACAUGUUGUUCAGCGAGUUUUGCGAGGUCAAAUUUAUUGGGAAGCCAAGAGCGGAGCGUUGUGAGUGUGCUGCAUAGGCACAUAUUGCCAAACCAACGGGUUGACUCUGCGGACAGAAUGCACGCUCGUCUUCUUUGGCUCGGUGAUUUUGAGUAACGAGUGUAGAUUGGAGGAUUGGUAGCUUGAGCCUUACUGAUCAAUCUGUACAGACAUGUUAACCUGGAGGAAACUUUUCCUCUCACCUGCACGCUAUUGUAAGAAGUUGUUGGGUUUGGUAGCUUCUAAUCUGUGGUCACUUUUUUCAAGUCGUCAUGGAGCUAAGUACUGUUAGGGACGAUUUUAUACAGCGGCAGGACUUUACAUGGACGUGUAUCUAGUCAGAGAAUUUCCUCCAUGAUGCUUCUUCUUAUGUUGUUGGGAGAUACAUGACCUGUCUGCAACUGUUCUAAGUUCCCGGUUAAGGCAUGAUCA